GCGAUAAGCGUGCGAACACCGCCUGCGCGUCAGUUGAGAUGCAACCGUCAAGUCCCAUGGUGUAGCAGCCGUCGUCAUGGGCAGCAGCGGUAGCAAGAAACGCGAGAGCGGGCCCAGCGAGGACCCGGCCCCCGUGGACGACUACUUCAUCAGUCUUAAUCAAAUAGAAAAUACGGUCACGCGUAAAGAGAUUGAAAAACUGCGUAAAGAGUACCGCACUAAACCCGAGAUGUUUCUUUUAAAUCAAGUGCUGUUUUCGGUGAUGUUUUUUCAAAACUAUGACCAGGAAUUAAUCGAGUCCACGCCAAACGAAACCAUCAGCGUGAAGGAGUUGAGUCUCACCGAGGACCUCUUUCUCACUUGUCUCAAGCCGGACGACGCGUUGUCAUUGGUGAACAAGCACGUGCAGUUCUGUGCAAGUCACGGCGUCAAUAAGGGUAAAGUCAGCCCGCUGGUGUCAAAUCGCAUUUUCGUCAUUCACGAAAACAUUCAGGUGGUUGCGGACGCCGAAAACCACUAUGCAAACAUCGAUAGACCAUCACUAACCGCCCAAGUUGUUGAAAAACACAGACAAGGUUAUGUACGUUUGAAGUAUAUAGAAGACUUGAAAUUCAAAACCUCCAUCUCCUCCAACUCCAGUUCGAUGACCACCAGCGACGAUACCUGCUCACUUGAUGACGGAAGUGAAACAUACGGCCGGAUAACCAAAGCAAUGAGAAUAAGACCUUUGCCGAAAAUGGAUCCGAACCGAAUAAAAAAGUCCCUGUAUCCAAUCUGCGAAGUCAAACGUCGUAACUACGACGCACUGGACGAUGAGGAUCUCUGGAUCCACGAGUACUUUGUCAAUUCCAAAGCAAUGAAAGAUCAAUUCCACCGCAACUGGCCCAACAUUGCCAAACUGUUGGAAUUGGACAGUAGUGAAAUAGAAACUGGAUUCAAUUGUGACAGCAUCCACUGCCGAUCAAAAUGUCGUGAUAUAUCAUGGGAGAUCAUCCCAGCUGUGCAACUACCCAAGGGCGCAUACGAAUACUUCCUCAAAAUCAAAUCCAACUACAUAAAGUCACAAGUGGCGACACACAAAGGACGCGUCUUCCCAAAUGAAGAAAUGUUGAAUGAAAUCGUUCACAUGGAUCGGCUUGCAAUCCCGCGAGGAUUCAUACCCAAAUAUAAAGGUGAAACAAAUCCCAAUUGUCAUCUGGAGUGGGAACUGGCGCAUCCCAAGGUGGAGAAAUAUCUCCAACAGCAACUCACACACACGCAUGUGCGAACGCUGUUGCUAAUGCUGGUCAUACUCAAAACUUUCGUGGAACCCAAGACAAAACACAAUGGCGUCACCAUCAGACAUCUAGUCAUCCACCUUUUCUGGGAGCUACAGAAAGACGUAGUGAUUAACGAUACGCGAAUGGGCGCGCGUUUGGUACAAAUGAUCAACUCGUUCUGUUCGCGGUUGAGCAAAAGCUCUCUUCCGGAUUAUUUCGUCCAAGAACGAAAUCAUUUCGAGAAUAUUCCCUCGGAACACAUUAGAAACGCGUUGGAAAUGUUUGCGAGAACAAGGGAUAAACCUCUGAUACAUUUUAUGACAGCUAUACGCAAUUUGCAAUAUAGAGAUGAGACAUUUCCGCAGUUAGAUGUGAAAAAGUUGCAUGAGAUCCUUACGAAAUCAAUGGCGCCCGUCCGGAAGAAACCGAUGGAACCGCGGAGAACUAAACUCGACUGGGAGGGUAUGAUACGCGAGAAAACUAGAAGAGAAACAGUAGUCGUGAAGAAUCUCACACCUGAACGAAAAGUUUCAGUUGAUUCCAUCCUAGAGUCCAAUAUCAUAGGAAUUUCCCUAGAACCCUCGGAAGAAUCACCACAUUAUUCUCUCAAGCGAAGUAGAGAGGUUAUUGUCUUCUUUCUGGACCAUUACAUCAAAAUGGCCGCCAGUCUGUACAAUCUAGGCAACCUCAAACAGGCGUUGAGUUAUCUGCGUCAAGCAGAACUCUUAACCUAUUUAUUUCACCUCAGUUGCGGCGAUGAUGCGAGCAAAUACCAGAAAACUAUAAAAGCGCUUCGGAGUUCAUUUGAGGAAGGUCCCGAAAAGCGGUCGCUGAUGGAUGUUGAACAUCGUAGAAAAUCACUACCUCCAUCUACACUACCAGACCUCCCUCAACGAUCGCCAUCUGUACACAUUCCACCAAUUCGGGUUGUCAACCAGAAUUCGGUAGAUAUCAGCAAGGUACUCCACCAGCAUCAAAAUGGUGACGUGCGUGGUAAAAUCUUCCGCAAACGUAAAGAAAGCGAAUCAACCCUGAAAAGCGCUUCCAGUGAUGAUUCUGAUAUCGACGAGGUGAUUCUGCGACACCCACCAGAGGAGAAACAACGAGUGUUAAGAAGACGUAAUGAAAGUGACCCUAGUGAGAAAGAAAACCAAAAGAAGAUUGAGAUGCUGCCGAGGAAGACGAAAAGUGUUAAUUUCAACACGGAGGUUGUAAUUGGCAAGGACACUAAUAUUCCAAAAGUGAACGAUAAAUUAGAUCAUGUGAAUCCAAUAGUGACAGUAAUCAAUAGUUCGGCCAAUGAAACAAGUGAUAAUAGUGACACGUCAACCAUUGUUACCGAAAGCGAAGAAGAAGAAGAAGAUUUAGAUGGAUUGGAUGAGCUCAUCGACGACGAAAUUGACUCACGUGAUACAAUUGUUCAGGUCACGAAUCCCUUCGGCUACCACGCCAACAGGAUCAGCUUAGGUUAUGAACCCGAGGAUACGUUUACGUAAUUUUAAGAGGUUAUAGAAAAAAGUGACUUACAUCGACGCCAUGUUCGGUAUAGAAGUCCGCGGUGCCCAGGCUGGCGUACAGCUUGUAGCCCAUCUUGUACAAAGUUCUCAUGCUCGGCAGCAACUCCAUUUUGUGCUGAAAAUUGUAAAUAUUGUUUAAUUUAUUAAUGUUUAAUAAACACGAGAAACAA